AUGGUCUUGGGCGGACUAUCGACCAUCGUCGCUUCGUACCUUGCUCGAGCCCGGGGUUCCAACGAACCCGAACUGUCCAUUGCGCGAUUGAAAGACCUGGAACAGUUCAUCUGCGAAUGCGAGGCGUUCAAGAUGGACAAUGGGCAUGUGUAUGGGGACAAGUUUGAUUCAGCAUUGGAGGACUUUAGAGCACGGUUUGAGGAACUUUUGGGGAAUGUGAAUGGGCACUAG